AUGUUCGUAGCACACUGCGAGCCCGGAAAUAUCCCUGAGCUACCAGCUCUUACCUCUGCCCCAAUCUGGCUCGAGCUUCAUAACGUCCCACUCCAAUUCUUCAAUGAAGAUGGUUUUGAGCGAAUUGCAGGCCUAGUUGGGGAACCUAAAUACCUCCAUCCAUCCACUGCAAACAAAGCUGACUUGGAAGUUGCUAAAGUACUAACAAUCAUCGACCCGAGACAGCCACUUCCGGAAGCGGUAAACGUUCAAUUUGAUUCCAAAGACAUUGCUCGUGUAGGUGUUUCUAGUCUGUGGAUGCCGCCGGUUUGUUCCCACUGCAAAGAAAUUGGUCAUAGCAUCAAGCGGUGUCCCACUUCUCCGAUAACUUGCGCUGAUUGUAAAUCAACGUCUCAUUCGAAAGACAACUGCCCUCGGGCUAAAGAACACAAUAGCAGGAAAUACAAGAAGCAAAAAGAGAAGAGCAAAGCUACAUUUCCAGGCAAGAGUGUUCACCCCCAAAAAAAUCAUGCGGCUUCCAUUCCACCACUCCGUUCCUCAUCGUCAGGAAACCCUCAGGGUAAUCUCGAAGCAAGUUGCAAAGGGAAAGGUGUUGCGGUUUCAACCAACACUCGUCAUACCGCGGCUGGUUUUAGUGAUCCUUCCCGGAUUUCCCUAAAAGGAAUUCAUAUUGAGCAACCGGAAUCUAGUAAUGUCAACGUUACUACCUCAGUGUCUGAGCUCUGGAACGAGAUUAUUACUCUUUCUUCUACUCAGCGCAUUCUUGGGAAGCCGUGGGUUGUCUUCGGGGACUUUAAUCAGGUGCUUAGGCCUGAGGAAAAUUCAGCAGCUUCAGGCCCUAACGUGGACCUACAUACUCGCAUGUUUGCUGAUUCGCUUAUUCAUGCUGACUAUCCUCUCUCCUUGGCUCUUUUUGGUGAGCCAGCUUUCUCCGACCAUGCUUCUAUGAGUCUAUCUCUGCAGUCUGGUGAUCCUAAGCAGAAGAAGCCUUUUCGAUUCUUCAAUUAUCUUCUGAAAAAUGAGAACUUCUUCGGCCUGGUUGCGCAUCACUGGUUUUCCAUCUCUAUCCCCGGCUCUGCUAUGUUUAGAGUGGUAAGGAAGCUUAAGCUUCUGAAGAGCAAGAUUCGAGAGUUCAGUAAAAAUAAUUACUCAGAUAUUGAAAAGAGGGUCAUCGAAGCGUCUGAAGCUUUGUCUGUUGCUCAGCUGCGAACACUAAAGGAUCCCUCAGUCAUAAAUGCUGAAAUAGAACUUGACUUGUAG